CCGCAAGCAGAGAGGAUGUUGCAGCUGAUCCAGCGAGGGAUGGGGCUCAAGUGGUGGAGACAGCUGUGGGCCAAAUCCAGCCUCAGGCUGCUGCCUCCCUCCUAUGUUGUGCCUGACCAGAAAGUGAGCUAUUCCAGCCAUGCCAACAAGGAAUCCACAUCCUUUGUCACAAACAUAUUCAACGGGCACCUGGCCCCCGAAAACGUCUUCCCCUUCCCUUCAGUUCUCUCCCAGGAGCAAGCGCAGUCCCUGCAGGCCAUGGUGGAUCCCUGCACCCGCUUCUUCCAGAAGGAGGCCUCUUGCUUUAGGCCAAAUCUCCCCUGGAACUCCCUGCCACGGGAAAGUGGCCUUAGGGGAGGGUCUGCCUUUGCUUUGUUCUUUUCAAACUGUGGGCAGGAAGUGAACGACCCAGCUGCCAAUGAGGAACUGGAGAGCAUUGAGGAGACGACCCUGGCCGGCCUCAAGGACAUGGGCUGCUUUGGCCUCCAGGUGCCUGAGGAGCUGGGGGGCAUCGGGCUCACCAACACGCAGUAUGCCCGCAUGGUGGAAGUGGUCGGGAUGCACGACCUCGGGGUGGGCAUUGCCCUCGGUGCCCACCAGUCCAUCGGCUUCAAGGGGAUCCUGCUCUUUGGCACAAAAAGCCAGAAGGAGAAAUACCUGCCCAAGUUGGCAACUGGCGAGGUCUACGCGGCCUUCUGCCUGACGGAGCCGUCGAGCGGGUCCGACGCGGCCUCCAUCCAGACGACGGCGGAGCUCAGUCCCUGCGAGCGCUAUUACACCCUCAAUGGGGGCAAGAUCUGGAUCAGCAACGGCGGCACCGCCGAGAUCUUCACGGUGUUCGCCAAGACGCGCGUCAAGGACGUGACGACGGGCGAGGAGAAGGACAAGAUCUCGGCCUUCAUCGUCGAGAGGGCCUUCAAGGGCGUCACCAGCGGCCCCCCGGAGCAGAAGAUGGGCAUCAAGUGCUCCAACACGGCCGAGGUGCACUUCGACGGCGUGCAGGUGCCGGCGGAGAACCUGCUGGGCGGCGUGGGGCGCGGCUUCCAAGUGGCCAUGCACAUCCUCAACAACGGCCGCUUCGGGAUGGCCUCGGCGCUGGCCGGCACCAUGCGCGGCGUCCUCCGCAAGGCGGUGGAGCACGCGGCCAACCGGCAGCAGUUCGGCAGCACCCUGAGCCGCUUUGGCACCAUCCAGGAGAAGCUGGCGCGCAUGGCGAUGCUGCUCUAUGUGACCGAGGCCAUGGCUUACGUGCUGAGCGCCAACAUGGACAUGAAGGUGCCCGACUACCGCCUGGAGGCUGCCAUCAGCAAGAUAUUUGCCUCAGAGGCAGCCUGGACAGUGACUGAUGAAGCCAUCCAGAUCCUGGGCGGGAUGGGCUACAUGAAGGAGACGGGAGUGGAGAAAGUCAUGCGAGACUUAAGGAUCUUCCGCAUCUUUGAGGGCACCAACGACAUCCUCCGCCUGUUUGUGGCGCUGGGGGGCAUGAAGUAUGCUGGAGAGGAGCUGCAGCGCCUGCAGAAGUCCCUCUCCAAUCCGGUAGGGAAGGUGGAAGCCCUCUGCAAGGAGAUUGUCAUGAGAGCCAAACGGAAAGUUGGGCUUCCCAGUGGCCUGUCUCUGCAGGGCGUUGUUCACCCAGACCUGGAUGACUGUGCGACUCUGGUCACCAAGGCCAUUGAUCUGUUUGGUGAAGCGGUUGAGAGUCUGCUGCUGAAAUACGGAGCUGCAGUGGCAGACCAGCAGUUCCACCUGAAGCGCGUGGCGGACGCUGCCAUCGACAUCUAUGCCAUGGCUGUGGCUCUCUCCAGGGCCAGCCGCUCUCUUUCGCUGAAGCAACCGGCAGCGCAGCAUGAGGAGCUCUUGUGUCGGACGUGGUGCCAUGAGGCAAGGGGGGUGGGUGGGAGGAGGACCCCCUGUAGCCCCUUCCUCCGCCUGGGCUCAGCCAUGUCCUCCCUUUGGCCCCUCUCUCACAAUUGGCUCUGCCUUGGCCCCACAGAGGCUUCUCAGACCCAGACUCUGGGUUGGUUUCUGACCUUCCUCCUCCUGGCUGCCCUUCCCCCAGCCCCAGUUUCCUGCCGGGUGAUCCAUUCCUCCUCCUCCCAGUCUGCAGGGCAUGAGCUGAGCCUUGCAGGAUGUAACCAGGCCUUCCAGCGCAUCCGCCAGGCUCUGCGGGAAACCAACUCGCUGGCCUGGGAGGAGUCCUUUGCCAGCAUGAAGCUGAUCUCCGAUGCCGUGGUGAAGAAUGGAGAUGUUGUGGCUGCUCACCCGCUCGGCUUCUGA